CCCCAAUGAAUCAUUGGUGUAAUAAACUUCCGAUUUUAUGAUACGCGAAUAAGCUGUCUUAAUUCCUUUUGUGUUAAUCCUAUGCAAUUUAUGAAAUUUCUGACUUCAGAAGCAGAAUGACCUUGUGCAAUCAGUACUACCCAUACGAUACCAGUCUGGGCGUUCAAACCGUAUUCAAUUGAACGAUAAGACUACAUUCGCUGAUGCUAUUCUUAGUAUAGAAUACGCUUCCAACAGUAGCCCUCGAAGAGUGCUCGGAGGAGUAUUAACAGUACGGAUUGCAAAAAUCAACGGUCAAAGUUGUUUAUAACGUCUACUACAGUACAAGAUGCAUUCAAAGCGUAUUUUUGGUGUCGCGAAAGCAAGUGCUUUUCAGGCUAGAUUCGUAGCAGGAACUCGCUAUUAUGGGGCACAACCUGCACCCUCGACCGAGAGCAAAGAUCCAGAGUGGGAUAAUGCACGACCAUAUGAAGAAAUUCCUCGAAUGUCUGUAAUUAAAUCAUUUAAAAACUUCAUUCCAGGAGGUCGCUACCAUAACGUCAGCAUCACGGACAUGCAUCGCCUUUUCCAGGAGGAUUUCGGUGAUCUGGUUCGGUUCCCCGGAAUGCUUGGACGCAAGGAUACCGUUAUGACGUACCUGCCGGAUGACUUUGAAAAGUUGUUUCGUACUGAAGGGCAGUGGCCGGUCCGACGAGGGCUAGAUACCUUUGCGCAUUAUCGAAAUAAGGUCCGACCGGACGUAUUCAAGGGAUUAGGUGGUUUAGUUACCGAGCAAGGCGAAAAGUGGCAAAAAUUUCGAACCAUUGUAAAUCCCGUCUUGCUCCAACCCAAAACGGUGCGAUCAUACGUUGGAAAGCUGGAUGAUGUUUCUCGCGAUUUUAUGCGCAUAAUGCUCAAGAUUCGCGAUGACAAAGACGAACUACCUGCGGAUUUCUUUCAAUGGUUAAAUCGAUGGGCUUUGGAAACUACCGGGGUACUCUCCGUGGACUCUAGGUUGGGAGUUUUGGACGAACAAGAGUCUGAGGAGGCACGCAAAAUUGUUGAGCUUGCCAGAGAGUUAUUUGAACUUGUAUAUCAAUUGGAUAUACUUCCGUCAAUUUGGAAGUAUUACAAAACACCGAAAUACAAUCGACUCAUGAAAGUGUUUGAUGAGCUGACCAAUAUAGCGAUGGCCAAAGUCGAUGAAGCAAUUAUAAAAUUGGAGAAAAAUCCUUCCAGUACAGAUGAAGCUCAAAGUGUUUUGGAAAAACUCCUUAAAAUUGACCGACACGUCGCAAUCAUCAUGUCCAUCGAUACGGUACUUGCAGGGAUCGACACCACUACCUCGGCCAUAACUGGCAUCUUGUAUUGUUUAGCUAAGCACCCGGAAAAGCAAUCCAGAUUGCGUGACGAACUACGCACAAUUUUGCCCAAAAAGGAUUCACCACUUACUCCGGAAAGCAUGCACAAUCUUCCGUAUCUGCGUGCAUGCAUCAAAGAAGGUAUGCGGCUAUUCCCACCAGUUUCCGGUAACAUUCGAGCAACCGGAAAGGAUAUUGUUCUACAGGGCUAUCGGAUUCCUAAAGGGACGGACGUAGCCAUGGGUUCCAUGACUGCUCAACUGAGCGAACGCUUCGUUCCACGAGCCCGAGAGUUUCUCCCGGAACGAUGGCUAAAGGAGAAAGAGCCCGGUUGUCCACACGCGAAGGAAGCGCAUCCAUUUGUGUAUCUUCCGUUCGGGAAUGGACCACGAACCUGCGUCGGUCGGCGACUGGCUAUGCUGGAGAUGGAGAUCCUGAUAGCGAGAAUCACUCGUUUGUUCGAGUAUAGUUGGAACUACGAGGAUUUGAAAAUUCAGUCCACGCUGGUGAACACUCCGGUGAACGAUUUGAAGUUUCGGAUGGUGGAAGUGGAUAAUUGAUUGACAAUAGAAACACAUAUUCACAUAUAAAAUAUCUAAUAAAUUCAAAUAUGUAUUACACGAAACACUUCUGGAUAAUCAACUAAAAGUAGGAUAGGGAUGAGCAUUACAGAAAAAACAUGAGGUGCUUCUUGAAGCAGUCUAUGCCCUUACUUAUAGAUGGGCUCGUCCAACCAGCUGAUAUCCCAAUAAUGUGGCGGAUCGAUUGUUGCAGCUCGACCGGGAUCUCGUCCUUCCCUUUUCUGUUUUUCAUUACAAUAAGGGCUCAAGGAAAUAUAUCGCUUUAUCAUCGCAAAGCUUUGGAUUUGGAACGUAAUCGUUCUGUUGCAUCGUAACUCCGGAAAGUCGCAUCCGAAAGUUU